AUGGACUAUGGGAUAUCGUCUCGUGGCUCGUUGAAUACUCUCGCCGACACGGGUGAUUCGACAGACAAUCCCGACGGCGCAGAUGAACGGAUACGUCACGAUAUGAUUCAACUCGCUAGACGAUUGACGACCCAAUCACACGUCUCGGGCCCUCCAGCGGCGCUUUUCCCCCUUCCCCAAGACAGUGCGUUGGAUCCCAACAGCGAGAAGUUCAACGCGAAGCAAUGGGCAAAGGCCUUCUUCAGUGCCAGGAAGGAGUCCCUACAAGGGAAUGUACCCAAGACGACGGGCAUUGCCUUUCGCGACCUCAACGUCUAUGGCUUCGGAACUGAUACCGACUUUCAAAAGAGCGUUGGAAAUAUCUUUCUGGACGGAGUCAAUCUAGCUAGCAAGCUGCUCAACAGAAAGCAACAGCGCAUCGACAUCUUGCGCGACCUUGAAGGUGUCGUCCACAGUGGUGAGAUGCUUUGCGUGCUAGGACCCCCCGGGUCCGGGUGCUCAACGUUCUUGAAGACCGUGGCAGGCGAAACACAUGGAUUCCACAUCCAGGACACGUCGACACUCAACUACUCUGGUAUACACCCCGACGAGAUCAGGACUGCUUUUAGAGGAGAAGCCAUUUACACGGCAGAGGUGGACCACCACUUUCCCCAGCUUACAGUCGGCGAUACCCUCUACUUUGCGGCGGCUGCACGGUGCCCCAAGAAUAUUCCUGCUGGGAUUAGUCGACACGAGUAUAUCGAACAUCUUCGAGACGUUACCAUGGCCAUGUUCGGCAUCUCACACACUAAGAACACACGAGUCGGUGAUGACUUUGUUCGGGGUGUAAGCGGUGGCGAAAGGAAGCGAGUCACUAUUGCGGAGGCCUCGCUGAGCUACGCGCCAUUGCAGUGCUGGGAUAAUAGUACUCGCGGCCUCGAUAGCGCAAACGCUAUUGAGUUCUGCAAAACAUUGCGUACUCAGGCCGACGUUAUGGGCUGUACCUCAUGCGUCGCCAUCUACCAAGCACCCCAGGCUGCCUACGAUGUGCUCGUCCUCUAUGAGGGGCGUCAGAUCUUCUUUGGCAAGACUUCCAGGGCCCAGGCAUAUUUCGAGGAACUCGGCUUCAUCUGUCCCGACCAGCAAACAACUGCAGACUUUUUGACUUCCAUGACCAGCUCUGGCGAGCGCGUGAUUCGCCCAGGGUGGGAGAAUAAGACUCCUCGCACGCCCGACGAAUUUUCCAGGGUGUGGAAAGAGAGCCGUGAUCGCGCGGAACUGCUGGAGGGCGUUGACAACUAUCUUGAACGACACCCAUUCCAUGGAGAUCACUAUAACAAGUUCCUCGAAUCCCGCAGAGUAGAUCAAGCCUCGACUCAGCGCGCCAAGUCUCCCUUCACGUUAUCAUAUCUGCAGCAGACAAACUUAACCCUGGCGCGAAGCUUCCUCAUGCUCAAAACCGACCCGAGCCUGACGCUUUCAAUGCUCGGAAUUAAUCUUCUACAAGCCAUCGUUGUCAGUAGCGUCUUCUACAACUUGCCAGGGGGUUCGGACUCAUUAAGGAGGCGCGCCAUUCUCUUAUUUUUUGUUAUCCUCACCAAUGCUUACAGCAGCGUCUUGGAGAUCGUUUCGCUCUACGCCAAGCGGAAGGUCGUCGAGAAGCACGCUCGCUAUGCACUCUACCACCCAAGCGCGGAAGCACUCUCUUCCAUGGUGGUCGACCUUCCGUAUAAAUUCCUGAAUGCGGUGCUUACCAACGUAGCAGUCUAUUUCAUGGCGAACUUGCGUCGCGAGCCGGGCAACUUUUUCUUCUUCCUCCUUAUUGGCUUCAGCAUCGUCAUGACCAUGUCAAUGCUUUUCCGGCUCAUAGCGUCGGUCACCAAGUCAAUCGCUCAAGCAAUGGCUCCAUCUGCAAUCAUUUUGCUAAGCUUGGUUUUAUAUACCGGCUUCGCCAUACCUGUCGACUACAUGAAGGACUGGAUCAAAUGGUCUCGCUGGGGCAAUCCCAUCUUUUAUGCCCUGGAGUCGAUAAUGAUUAAUGAGUUCAAUGGAAGACCUUUCCCAUGCGACACCUUUGUCCCGUCCGGAGCAGGGUACGACAGCGUCUCCGGAACCGCCAGAGCCUGUUCAGCGCAAGGUGCCGUUGCUGGACAAGACUUUGUUGACGGGGCCGUUUACCUGAGUACCGCCUACGAUUACGACAUGUCCCACAAAUGGCGCAACUGGGGUGUCGUGUGUGCCUUUGGAGUGCUCUACUUUGCACUCCAUCUCGUGGCCACUGAGUAUGUUGCCUCUCAACGCUCCAAAGGCGAGGUACUAGUAUUUCUUCGCAAGGCAAUGAAACACCUGAAGAAGACGCCAAAAGAUCUUGAAACAGCUUCUCCGACGACGACCGCUCUGCAGCACAUCGGAGGCAGUAGCCCAGCAGCGGCCGUGGAUAAACAGACUUCUGUCUUCCAUUGGGGUGGUGGCUCAUCUGGUGCUGGGAAGACUACCCUGCUGGACGUUCUGGCCAGCCGUGUCACAAUGGGCGUCGUCACGGGUGACAUGCUCGUCAAUGGGAGCCCUCGAGACGAAUCCUUCCAACGAAAGACAGGUUACGUCCAGCAACAGGAUCUCCAUCUGCCCACUUCAACUGUCCGUGAAGCUCUCAGGUUCAGCGCUCUACUCCGGCAGCCUUCCCAGUACACACGCCAGGAGAAGAUAGACUAUGUUGAUACCGUGAUUGGUCUGCUAGGCAUGGAGGACUAUGCCGAUGCCAUCAUUGGGGUUCCUGGCGAGGGCCUUAACGUGGAGCAGCGUAAGCGGUUAACAAUUGGCGUAGAGCUUGCGGCACGUCCCCAACUUCUUCUCUUUUUCGAUGAGCCUACUUCGGGCCUGGACAGUCAAACCUCCUGGUCGAUUUGCAACCUCAUGGAGAAACUGACCCAGCACGGCCAAGCCAUCCUCUGCACAAUUCACCAACCCUCCGCGAUGCUGUUCCAGAGGUUUGACCGACUCCUGCUCCUUUCCAAAGGAAAGACGAUAUACUUUGGCGACAUUGGAAAGGGCUCCCGCACUCUUGUCGACUACUUCACCCGCAAUGGGGCCCAUGCUCUUCCCGCAAAGUCCAACCCGGCAGAGUACAUGCUCGAGGUCAUUGGAGCAGCCCCGGGCGCGAAAACAGACAUCGACUGGCCUGCGGUCUGGAAAAGUAGCCCGGAAUACCAACGUGUUCAAGACGAACUGGCACGGCUUAGUAGAUCAGCGACCACUCAUCAAGCCAACCAAGUUGAGUCGGUGCGCGAGCAGUUCUCUGUGUCUUUCCUGGAGCAAUUCAAAGAAGUCACGAAGCGAAUAUUUGAGCAGUAUUGGCGAAGCCCCGGUUACAUCUACGCCAAAGCCUUGCUCUGCCUUGGCGGGACCGGCAUGUCAAACCAAAUGUUUGGCAUCUUCAUGUUCUUCAGCAUGUUCCCCAACCUAGUGAACCAGAUCAUGCCGGUGUUCGCCGCUCAGCGCGUCAUGUACGAGUCCCGGGAGCGCCCUUCCAAGUCGUAUGGAUGGCAGUCCUUUGUCGCGGCUAAUAUCCUAGUUGAAUUUGCCUGGAACUCUUUCAUGUCUAUCUUUGCUUUUAUCUUCUUUUACUACCCUAUGAACCUUUCCAGCAAUGCGGAAUGGACUGAUACAGUCCACACCCGCAGCUUUCUCAUGUUUCUGCAUUUGUGGAUGUUCUUUGCAUAUACGAGCACAUUUGCACACAUGAUGAUUGCUGGACUUCCCACGGCAGACCAUGCCGGAGGUCUUGCUACAUUAUUGCUCAUCAUGAUGUUCACCUUUUGCGGUGUUCUCGCAGGCCCCGACACUCUUCCGGGGUUCUGGAUCUUCAUGUACCGCGUCAACCCCUUCACAUAUGUUGUUGCGGGCUUCAUGGCAACGGGCCUUGGGGAUGCUCCAAUGCACUGUGCCCCCAAUGAGUUUGUUACCUUUAGUGCCCCGAACGGCUCCACGUGUGCCGAGUAUGCUUCUGAGUACUUGACUCAGAAUGGUGGAUACCUGGACAAUCCACAGUCUUCCGACUGCUCCUACUGCUCCAUGUCCAACACAAACGAAUAUCUGUCGUCCAUCAGUGUGAAUUUCGCCAAUCGGUGGAGAGACUUUGGGAUCAUGUGGGCGUUCUGCAUGUUCAACACCUCUCUGGCUUUCCUCUUCUACUGGCUUGCGAGGGUCCCUAAGAAACAGAAAGCCAAGAAAGACUAG